AUGACCGAAACAGUAUAUUCGCGCGAUCCUACCGGACCCCUGAACUACUACUCCAGUCUAGAUGGCGGGGGUCCACUAGCAGACAAAUUCAAAGACAUUGACGACAAGAUCCAGUUUGUAACUGCUAUGCACCGACUAAAAGAUCCACUAACCGCGAAUUUCGUGCUGGAUUUUGGAAACGAGGAUGCGUGGAGUGCGAGUGAUUUGAACUCCGAAGAAAUCAAAUUAUUACUUGGCAAGCCAAGAGCCAAGUGUUUUGGUACUCGGUGGAUUAAUAUCUGGGCACCGGAGGAACAGAAGGAAACAAUUAAGGCCAUUACGACACACUAUGGAGUAUCAGAAAGAUUACAGGGGAUGAUGUGUACAGAGCCAGUGCGACCUAAACCACCGCAACCAACAACUGCAACACCAAAGAAGAGAUUCUCACAGUCGCGGGAUGCCGUGCCUUCAAUACCCGAGGUCGAUGAUCCUGAGAAUGCACUCAAGCAUAUCUCGGACCACGAUCGAGCGCAUGAAUCUGCAUCAAUUCCAAAAUUGACCUUCUCACAAGUUACGGACCAGAUCUGGCAUUUUUCAUCUGUUGAUCACGGUCCACGAUACACUUGUAUCGGGUAUAACACGUUAUUUGUGGUUCCCAACGUUCCAAUGCCGAAUGGUGACGGUCUUCCGGAGGGGAAGCGGCUUUGGACUUGGUUGAUUCAAUGCGAUGAUGGCACAAUUAUUUCGAUACAAGAAAAUCCGUUCCCGAGAUCGGAAGUGAUGCCGUCGAUAGAAAAAACCCUACCAGUUGUUGGAAUCGUGCGCCGAAACGUGCGGUAUAUCUUUUCAGGUGUUUCAAAAGAGCAUUCUGCCAUGUCAGAAAGCGAGUCACUAGUCACAAUUCGCGUACGGAAUUUCAAAGACUUUGGACCCGACCAAGCCAAUAUCAAGCAAGAGGAUGGCCCAAGUCUACUCUUCUAUUAUAUAUUCGACGAUUGGGUAUCGAGUUAUGGGUUGGUUGCGAAGCGGGAGCACAAAUACGGCGUUGCGCUUGAGGAAUUGAGAGGUCAGAUGCUUGAACGCCCAAUCGUGGACCUAGUGAACGAGCUGCAUUGGUUAGGUCGGCGGCUCGCAGUUCUCAAACGAUUAUACCAGAGUUACGAGCUCAUCAUGCGACGACUGUUGCAGCGACAACGUAUGCUCCGCGACGAAGCUCGCGCCUCCCACCCGGCUGCAAUCCCGCAUGGUGCCACCUUUGGUGAUAUGGAGUUUUCCGAGUUGCGCCAGUCCAGUGUUGUGAGCAACCCCAUGACCACCGACAAAUCGGUGGGAGUGCAAUUAAGCUCCACGGCGGUGGCACGGUUCGAACGUUUGGUGGAUCGGAUUAAUCUGUAUUGUCUGAGCGAGAUUGAGAGCUGUCUCAAUGAAAAAGAGUCCAUGACGUUCCUGAACUUCAAUUUGAUUGCCCUCAAAGACUCGCAGGCCGUGGAGAAAUUGACCCGAAUCACCAUCCUGCUGGCGAAAGCAACCAUUCUGUUCCUCCCUGUCAGCCUGAUGAGUGCGUAUUUCUCGACGGAACUCGUGGGCGUGAAGGGUGGAUACACUAAGACGGAGUAUUGGGCGAGUUUUGCGGUGAUCUUUGUUGUGUCCAUUCUGCUCUUGACCGUAUCUCCUUCCACAAAUAUGGGUAUCACUUUCUCGCGGCUGUUCGACAGACUAUGGGGUCGCAAGGAAAUGCGUAUCCUAAUGGUCGGUCUUGAUGCCGCCGGUAAGACCACCAUUCUGUACAAGCUCAAGCUCGGUGAAAUCGUCACCACCAUUCCCACAAUCGGCUUCAACGUCGAGACCGUUGAAUACAAGAACAUCCAGUUCACCGUGUGGGAUGUCGGUGGUCAGGAUAAGAUCCGUCCUUUGUGGCGCCACUAUUUCCAAAACACCCAGGGCAUCAUCUUCGUUGUUGACAGCAACGAUCGCGAUCGUAUUGUCGAGGCCCGUGAGGAGUUGCAGCGCAUGUUGAACGAGGACGAGCUCCGCGACGCUCUCCUCUUGGUCUUUGCCAACAAGCAGGAUCUGCCCAACGCCAUGAGCCCCGCCGAGAUUACGCAGCAGCUUGGACUCCAGAGCCUUACCCGCCGCUCCUGGUUCAUCCAAUCUACUUGCGCUACUACUGGUGACGGUCUGUACGAGGGUCUCGAAUGGCUCGCCGAUGCGCUCCGCAAGUCCGGACGUGAUUAAGCUAUAAUGCGAAUGAGAAUCGGGGAUGUAGCGAGGAAGACUGAAAUCUGCAAAUGAUGAUGACAAUGGGGAGUUCUUUGCGAGGCCAUGACGUUCUUCGUAGGGGGUGUUCUGCUGGCUUGUUCUCUUCAAAGGCCUUUUUCCUCCUAUGCUAUUAGCCUCAUUUGUUUUUCCAAAAAUUGCUCUCUGUUUUUACUUGGGGGUCCAGAG